UUAGGGUUUGCUUGCAUCCCAAGAAACCCCAAUCUCUGUUUACACAAAACCAUUCAACCUUUCCCUCUCUAAACUCUGCGGCUCGGUCGAUAUCUCAGCUCAAGGUCUACUGGUGGAAUGGGAAGGAAGAAAACAGAGGAUAGUGGUGCAACCACAAAGGUUAAGCCUAGCAACAAAGAUGCCUCCAAGGAUGGGAAGAAAGAGAAGCUCUCAGUUUCAGCGAUGCUUGCUAGCAUGGAUCAGAAAUCUGAUAAACCCAAAAAGGGAUCUUCCUCCUCAAGCACUACCACUAGCAAGCCCAAAGCAAAAGCAGCUCCAAAACUUCCAUCCUACACUGCUGACAUCGACCUCCCUCCCUCUGAUGAUGAGGAUGAUGCUUAUUCCUCUGAAGAAGACGCACGACUUAAGCGGCAACAAAGGGCUGAACAAAAGACACUUGACAUAUCCGUAACUGAAAAGGAAUUGAAGAAACGUGAAAAGAAAGACAUGCUUGCUGUCCAUGCCUCACAGCAGGCCCGACAGGAGGCCCUUAAGGAUGAUCAUGAUGCAUUCACCGUUGUUAUUGGUAGCCGGGCUUCAGUUCUUGAUGGCGAAGAUGAAGCUGAUGCUAAUGUCAAAGAUGUAACGAUAGAAAACUUUUCUGUGUCAGCACGUGGGAAAGAACUCUUAAAGAAUGCAUCAGUGAAGAUAUCUCAUGGGAAGAGGUAUGGUUUAGUUGGACCAAAUGGGAUGGGAAAAUCUACAUUAUUAAAACUUCUUGCUUGGAGGAAGAUUCCAGUACCUAAAAAUAUUGAUGUACUACUGGUUGAGCAAGAGGUGAUUGGUGAUGAUAAUACUGCCCUUCAGGCAGUUAUUUCAGCGAACGAAGAGCUGGUCAGGCUCCGACAGGAAGUUGCAUCUUUGGAUUCUUUGCAGAAUUCAUCUGCUGCCACUUGUGACGAGGAUGAAAAUGAUGCGAGUGGGGAUGAUGUGGGAGAAAAGCUUGCUGAACUGUAUGAGAAUUUGCAGCUUUUGGGGUCUGAUGCUGCUGAGGCUCAGGCAUCAAAGAUUCUUGCUGGACUGGGUUUCACUAAGGAUAUGCAGGGCCGUGCAACCCGGUCAUUUAGUGGUGGGUGGAGGAUGAGAAUUUCAUUGGCUAGGGCACUCUUUGUGCAGCCAACUCUUCUAUUGCUUGAUGAACCCACCAACCAUCUUGACCUGAGGGCUGUUCUCUGGUUAGAGGAGUACUUGUGCCGGUGGAAGAAAACUCUUGUUGUCGUCUCGCAUGAUCGGGAUUUUCUUAACACGGUUUGUAGUGAGAUUAUUCAUCUCCAUGACCAGAAACUUCAUUUCUACCGGGGGAACUUUGAUGAUUUUGAAAGUGGGUAUGAGCAGCGUCGCAAGGAGAUGAAUAAGAAGUUCGAGAUUUAUGAUAAGCAAGUGAAAGCUGCAAAGAGAACAGGCAAUCGGGUUCAGCAGGAGAAGGUUAAGGAUAGAGCUAAGUUUGCUGCUGCUAAGGAAGCUUCAAAGAAUAAGGCCAAGGGUAAGGUUGACGAUGAUGAGCCUCAACCAGAGGCCCCAAAGAAGUGGAGAGAUUACAGUGUGGAGUUCCACUUCCCUGAACCCACUGAGUUAACCCCACCACUCUUACAGCUCAUUGAAGUCAGUUUCAGCUAUCCAAACAGGGAGGAUUUCAGGCUAUCGGAUGUUGAUGUUGGUAUUGAUAUGGGGACUCGUGUUGCCAUUGUUGGACCAAAUGGAGCUGGGAAAUCUACAUUGCUUAAUCUUCUUGCUGGUGAUUUGGUUCCGACGGAGGGUGAAGUACGAAGGAGUCAAAAACUGAGGAUUGGGAGGUACUCACAACACUUUGUGGACCUUCUGACAAUGGAUGAAACACCAGUUCAGUAUCUUCUCAGGCUUCAUCCAGAUCAGGAGGGACUUAGCAAGCAGGAAGCCGUUCGUGCAAAGCUUGGGAAAUUUGGGCUCCCCAGUCAUAACCACCUCACCCCAAUUAUGAAACUAUCGGGAGGGCAGAAAGCACGGGUUGUCUUCACAUCAAUUUCUAUGUCAAAACCACACAUUUUGCUGUUGGAUGAGCCUACAAAUCAUCUAGACAUGCAGAGCAUUGAUGCAUUGGCUGAUGCACUAGAUGAGUUCAGUGGUGGAGUGGUGCUUGUAAGUCAUGAUUCGCGGUUAAUAUCUCGUGUGUGUGAGAACGAGGAGAGAAGUGAAAUUUGGGUGGUAGAAAACGGAACUGUGAGUAGUUUCCCUGGAUCAUUUGAGGAGUACAAGGAAGAGCUACAGAGAGAGAUCAAAGCAGAGGUUGAUGAUUGAAGUGAGUCUGUGACAUAGAUGUUUUGAUUGCUAUGAGUUAAACAAUAAGUUCCUCAAUGCUGUUUUCAUAACAUGAUUUUCAGUUUGCUGCGAGACAAAUGGAUAUUUCUAUAAUUUACGAGCGUAAUUCUUCUGUACUGCGGAUAUUAGGAAACGCGACCCCUAAGAAUUCACUUUGUUACAUAUACAUGUAUUUUACUUUAGCUCAAGGGGUUCAGUUUCUUUAAUUUAAUUAUGAGAAUUAAACUUCGCAUCCUUAUUGUAAUAAGGCUCCCUUUUAUACUGUUUAUUAAUUCCUAUGAGUAAUUA